AUGCUCCCCACACCAGACACAGCGCACGUCUCCUUCGACACCGUCUACGAACCCUCCGAGGACUCCUACCUCUUCCUCGACACGCUCUCCUCCCCCUCUGAAUCAUCAUGGCUCUCGCACCGCUUUAGCCCCUCCACCUCCACCUCCUCCCCCCUCAUCGUUGAAGUAGGGACCGGCUCUGGCGUCGUCCUCGGCUUCGUCGCCGCCAACUCCCAGCAGAUCUUCGGCCGGCGCGACAUCCUCGCCCUCGGCACAGACGUCAACCGGAACGCUUGCGCCGCGACACAAGAAACGGCACAGCGCGCAAUUAGAGACCGCCAAUGCACGACAGACAAUGACAAUGACAAUGACACAAGCACAACAAGCACAUUCCUCUCCCCCAUCAUGGCAGACCUAGGCACACCCCUCCGACAAGGCACCGUCGACGUCCUCCUCUUCAACCCGCCCUACGUCCCCACCGAAGAACUGCCCCAAAUACCUUCCGCGACGACAGAUCAGGCGAUGGAAGGAAUGUCCCGGUCGGAGAAGUUCGACCACGAAUCGUAUCUCCUGUCGCUGACGUACGCGGGUGGCAAGGACGGCAUGGAGACGACGGAUCGCUUGCUGGAUGCUAUUCCAGGACUGUUGCAUCCCGGACGUGGUGUUGCGUAUGUGCUUCUUUGUCGGCAGAAUCGGCCGGAUGAGGUGCGUGAUAGGAUUGCGGCUUGGGGUGAUGGGUGGAAAGCGGAGUCUGUGGGGAGUAGUGGGAAGCAGGCGGGUUGGGAGAAGUUGAUUAUAUUGAGGAUUUGGAGGGAGCUGCCUUAG